CUUUUCUUAGAGGCAGAUACAGGUUACACUGCCAAUGGCGCAACAGGAGCCACUGCAGGGGACACGUGGCUGCCAAGGAUAGCUGUAAGCCAAUACCAUCCUCCUAGGCAAAACCAGCAGGUGUACUCAGUAGCAGAGAGAAAACCUGGGAAUGCUUCAGGUCAUGCAUUCAGAGGCCUGGAAUCUUGUCAAUCAGGUUCUGAAGAACUAACAGAUGACAACCUAUUGGACUACAACAAGGGGUUUUAUUGCACCCAAGCUGGAAUUAUCUCAAGUUUACUACUGGGGUGGACAAUGAACAACACUGAGUGCCAUGAUGAUCACACCCUGGAUAAGUAUUUGUUUCCAUUUGUGUACAGCACUGUGAUGAUGAUCAGUAUUCCCAUAAACUGCAUAUCCCUGUAUGUAUCUUGCAUUCAGGUGAGGAAGAAGAAUGAGUUAGCAGUCUACAUCUUUAGCCUGUCCCUGGCUGACCUCUUGUACUCUUUGAUUCUGCCUCUGUGGAUUGAUUAUGCCUGGCAUGGAGAUGACUGGAGGCUCUCUGCCUUGCUUUGUCAGAUUUUUGCCUUCCUUAUGUAUAUGAAUUUCUACACCAGCACUGCGUUCCUUGCUUGCAUCUCUCUUGAUAGGUACCUGGCAUUAGUUCACCCCUUGAAGCUCCAGUACCUGCGCACAAGAAGAUUUUCAUUGAUUGUCAGCAUAAUUGUUUGGCUUCUGGAAAGCAUCUUUAAUUCAGUCAUAUUGGUGUACAAAGAAGUAUUCAAUGAUCCUUGCAAUUUCACUAAUCAUACAUUAUGCUAUGAUAACUACCCCCUGGAAAGGUGGCAGGCAAACAUAAAUUUAUUCCGGAUAUGCUCAGGGUACGUGGUCCCUUUGGUAAUCAUUGUGUUUUGCUACCAUAAAAUCUACCAAGUGGUGAGGUAUAACCAAGCCACAGUAGAUGAAGAAAAGAAAAAAGUGAGGAAACUUAUUCUGAACAUCACAGUUACUUACCUUGUUUGCUUCACUCCUUAUCACGUUGUACUGCUUAUCCGCAGCAUCAAAGAGCCUUCCACCUCUGACCCACACCUUUUGUUGUUGAUGUAUAAGGUUUACAGAAUCACACAGGCCUUAACAAGUUUGAACUGCAUUGCGGAUCCCAUUCUGUACUGCUUUGUGAGUGAAACUGCACGAACAGACAUAGUGAAUUUGCUCAGGUGUUGCUUGUGCCUGCGAAAGCGUGAGGAAGACCAAGCCAAAGAAUAUGCUCUGUGCAGUUCUGCUACAAAAAACACUGCACUGACCACCUACAGAACUUCCUGUGAAACACAGUCUGCCAAAAAUUCCUGAAUGAGCACAUGCAAAAGAAAACUGGAUAACCUGAAAGGAAAAGAAAGAAAAAUUCCUCUCCAGUCUGUACCUAGGAAAUGCCCCAAAACUCAGAGAUAGGAGUCUAAGCAAAACCUGUAGCUGGAGCCAAUAAGAACUUCAUAUAGGGUCAAUGAAAAUAAUGGAGUAUCAACACAUAUGUUUAAAUCACGUAUGGUCCAUAAAUCAGUGAUAAGGAACAAAAGCACAGUCAAGAAGGAUGGCUGUGACAUGCUGACAGAAUUACUGAGGAUCCCCCACAGAACUGUCUCCUGUUGCAGCUUGCUAGCCAGCCUGCUGCAAUGUACUAAGCCAGGGGAAGGCUGGAGUCCUCUUUGUCCUGAUUAGCAAAGGAGCAGGCAGAGGGAGCAUGGUAAAUUUCUCUGUAAUUUCAUGGUGUCAUUUAUGCUGCUGUGAUGGUCCUUGUGUUUCAUUAAAGAUUCAAAUUCUUCUUUAGCAUACCCCUGAGAGCAGACACUUCUCAAAAAAAUUUUUACCUCCUGUGUACGGGCACUUACCUGCCCUUAAGCUUUUGUUUUCCUUGAAAAAUAUAUGUUCUAAUGUAUAACUGUAUGUGGUGCAGUUUCAUUACAAUACCAGUAUUGGGUUUCAGGUAGUUGAAGAUUCAUUAAUUCAAGUGCCCAUAAAGAAGCAAAUUCUAGCCACCACUGCAUUGACUUGGAUGAAACUUUCCCUGAUACUUGCAAAGGAGGAAGAGAAAGUAAGGUUUCACAUCUCAGUAAUGUAAAGGGACAGCCUUUAGAGUUGCUUAUUAUGACUGAAAUCUGGGGUGGGGUUCUGUUUUCAGACUCAAUAAAUUAAGGUUUGCAUCCAUUUACUUAACUGCACAUGGAGGCCUCAGCUAGAGGUUCCAGGGCUCUCAGUCUGCCAGUUUUAAGAAAAUUAAACAGGCCAGACAGCAAUACUGGCAAACCAGCAAAGAAUGUGAAUGUACCAAGAAGCAGUAAGAAUGGAAGCAAAAGAACCCACAUUUUGCAAGAGUUGAUGUUAGCACAAACCAGAAGUGCAGCUGUUAACUCAGGGACCUGUUCAUGUGCAGGCCCCAGAAACAGCUGCCUGGCCUCCUGGUUCCCUGUCCCAUCCAGACACAUGACCCUCUGAAAAGAGUUAAAACGUUACAUUUUUUUCUUCUCUCACAACUUUUUUUACUUUUUCUCAAUUCCCAGAAAAAAAAUAUUUGCUUAUGGUGGGUUUUUCUAUUUCAUAGGGAAAGAAUUUUUCUUUUUGUAAAAAAAAAAAAUUGCCCUCUAGCCAUUUGUGUGGUGGAAGGACAAAUUCAGCACCUUUUUAGGUCUGACAUUAUGUAUGGAGGAUGUGCAUAAAAUGGUUCCAAACAAUAAGAUAUUUCUUAUGAGAAUAUCCCUCUGUGUG